AUGGUGUUGCUGAGCCCGUCGAUCGACGCCCUGAGGACGCUGGUAAGUGUUUGUGAGCGGUAUGCGGAAGCCCAUGGUCUCAAGUACAAUGUCUCUAAAAGUGAGUUGCUGGUCUUCAGGGGAAGAACUGUAAAAUUAGACGACCAAAUGUUACCUCCAGUGAGACUGAAUGGCACUCCUCUUAAAGUAGUAAGAGAAUUUAAGUACUUGGGACACUGGGUAACCGCAUCGCUAAAAGAUGAUAUAGAUGUAGAAAGGGAGCGUAGGGCGCUGGCAGUAAGAAGUAAUAUGUUGAUUCGUAGGUUCGCAAGGUGUACUAGCAACGUUAAAAUCACCCUUUUUAAGGCGUACUGUCAGUCAUUUUACACCUGCAGCCUAUGGAUCAACUUUACUCAAAAAACUUACAGCGCCCUGCGCGUGCAAUAUAAUAAUGCUUUUAGGAUGCUGUUGGGGCUGCCGCGCUAUUGCAGCGCUAGCGGUAUGUUCGCGGAGGCGCGCACCAACGGCUUCCACGCCAUCAUGCGCAAGCGGGUGGUGCGGCGCGUGCGCGGCAGCGACAACAGUCUCCUUGCCACAGUCGCGGACAGGGUAGAUGGCGCUUUCUGGCAGUACUGGAGCAGCCUACAUGCCCAUAACAAUCGAGAUAGUAUACUACAUUAUAAAAUAAAAUAG